AGUUGAUUGUAAUGUCAGUGCAGUCCAAUUUACAGGCUGGAGCAGCAGCUGCAUCCUGCAUUUCCCUGAAGUAUUCCAUGAUUUGCACCACUUGCAAACUUUAUCAUCUUUGUUGCAGAGAGUCCGAAAUCAAAAUGCAGAGCAAGCGUACAAUCAUUUGUAUCCAAUUUCUCCUGUGGUUUCUUCUGCUUUGCCUGCCUAUCGGGAAGUCACACACUGAGGAAGACACGGUAAUUACAACCAAGAAUGGGAAAGUCAGAGGGAUGAACUUGCCAGUUCUUGGUGGCACCGUGACAGCCUUUCUUGGGAUUCCCUAUGCACAGCCACCACUUGGCAGACUUCGAUUCAAAAAGCCACAAUCCCUGGCCAAGUGGUCUGAUAUUUGGAACGCCACGAGGUAUGCAAAUUCUUGCUAUCAGAACAUAGAUCGAAGUUUCCCAGGCUUCCAUGGAGCCGAGAUGUGGAACCCAAACACUGACCUGAGCGAAGACUGUUUAUAUCUGAAUGUGUGGAUUCCAGUACCCAAACCAAAAAAUGCCACUGUGAUGGUAUGGAUUUAUGGGGGUGGUUUCCAGACUGGAACGUCAUCUCUGCCUGUUUAUGAUGGCAAGUUUCUGGCUCGAGUCGAGAGAGUUAUUGUAGUUUCAAUGAACUAUAGAGUAGGUGCCCUGGGUUUCUUAGCUUUACCAGGAAAUCCAGAGGCCCCAGGGAAUCUGGGCUUGUUUGAUCAACAGAUGGCACUUCAGUGGGUCCAAAAAAAUAUAGCAGCCUUUGGUGGAAAUCCCAAAAGUGUAACUCUCUUUGGAGAAAGUGCGGGAGCAGCUUCAGUUAGUUUUCAUUUGCUUUGUCCCAGAAGCCACCCAUUGUUCACCAGAGCUAUCCUGCAAAGUGGAUCCUCUAAUGCCCCUUGGGCGGUAGCCACUCACUCUGAAGCUAGGAAUAGAACAUUGACUUUAGCUAAAUUGAUCAGUUGCUCUAGAGAGAAUGAGACAGAGACCAUCAAAUGUCUUCGAAAUAAAGAUCCCCAGGAAAUUCUUCUGAAUGAACUACUUAUUGUCCCAUACGAUACACUUUUAUCAGUCAAGUUUGGUCCGAUUGUGGAUGGAGACUUUCUCACUGAUAUGCCAGACACAUUACUCCAACUGGGACAAUUCAAAAACACCCAGAUCUUAGCAGGUGUUAAUAAGGAUGAAGGGACAGCGUUUUUAGUAUAUGGUGCUCCUGGCUUCAGCAAAGAUAAUGACAGUCUCAUCACUAGAAAGGAAUUUCAAGAAGGUUUGAAAAUAUUUUUUCCAGGAGUGAGUGAAUUGGGAAAAGAAUCAAUCCUUUUCCACUAUGUGGACUGGGUAGGUGACCAGAGACCUGAAAACUACCGUGAGGCCUUGGAUGAUGUGAUUGGGGAUUACAAUAUUAUCUGUCCUGCCUUGGACUUCACCGAGAAGUUCUCAGAAGUGGGAAAUAAUGCCUUUUUCUACUACUUUGAACACCGAUCCUCCAAACUCCCUUGGCCAGAAUGGAUGGGAGUGAUGCACGGUUAUGAAAUUGAAUUUGUUUUUGGCUUGCCUCUGGAAAGAAGAGUUAAUUACACAAAAGCUGAAGAAACUUUAAGUAGAGCCAUAAUGAAAUAUUGGGCAAAUUUUGCAAAAUAUGGAAAUCCCAGUGGAAUUCAGAACGACACCACAAGAUGGUCAGUCUUCAAAAGCACUGAAUCAAAGUAUCUAACCUUGAAUACAGAGUCACCGGAGAUAUACACCAAACUACGUGCUCAACAAUGUCGAUUCUGGACACUAUUUUUUCCCAAAGUCUUGGAAAUGACAGGAAAUAUCGAGGAAGCAGAACGAGAGUGGAAAGCAGGGUUCCAUCGCUGGAGCAAUUACAUGAUGGACUGGAAAAAUCAAUUUAACGAUUACACUAGCAAGAAAGAAAGCUGUGCAGGUCUCUAAUUAAUAGAUUUACCCUUUAUAGAAGGUUCAUUUUCCUGUAGAUCAAGGCAAAAAUAUCAGUAGCUCUCUUGCACACCUAGUAAGAAAGCUAUUAUACAGCUGAAACAAAAUGCCUGAAGGAUAAUAUUGAUUCUUCCCAUCUUUCACUUCGUAUUUUACGUAGCACUUCGAAACUCAAAUGGCAAGAACAUGUUUCAUGAAAUUUCAUAAUAUAAACUUUGACAAUUAAUGAUAUGCAUAUUAAAAUGUGCUGCCAC